AUGUGUUGCUUACCUCUAGAUUUUGUCAUUGGGAGGGACAUUGUCCUUUCUGAGUUAGAACCACUGAAAGAUAUCCUCAGUUGUCUACCAUAUAAAGCACAGUAUGGAACUAAGAACUUAAUGGGUCAUGUCUUGGACCGUACCAAAGGACAUGGAGUAAAGAACUUGUUCAAUGCCCUGAAAGAGAGAGCUCAUGACAAUUUUAAAUCCUUCACGAUCGAGUACACUUGUUUGGAUGUUUCAUUUGAUGCUAUAGUGCUUGGCACAAAUUUAGGAGCUAUUUUCCUGUAUGAUCGGACUUGUAAGAGACUGUCAAAACUUCCAUCAGAGGUGAGUUUUUUUGCUUAGAGCAUGUGGUAUAGUUUCUACUUUACAGUGGAACCUCUUUUCAGGAGACAGCCUUGGGACUAACGCAAGUGUCCCCUGAAUAGAGGUUGGGCUGGGCUUUUUUUAAUAAUUAACCAGCAAAUAAAGUACAGUAUAAAAUUUGCUUUUAGUCUGGCCUGGAAUCCACUGCAGUCAUUAUUUCAAGCAGCUAGAUAAUGUGUAAAAAAUCAUAAAUAACUUAUCUCUUCGAUGUUGUGUGUUAAAAGUACAGUACAUCGAUUGUAAGUGAGAUAGUUCAAGUUUUGAAAGCUUUUGCCAUUGUGACUAGUGAACACUUAAACUUGCAUGUAUCAACAAUGUUUGUGGUCUGUCACUUUUUGAGUGCUAGGGUUUCCCCAGAAUGGAGGUUAAACCCUGGUUUCAGGACCUAAAAAAAGUGUCCCUUUCCCCUGAAUAGAGGUGUCCCUUCAGUAGAAGUAACAUGUACAAAGAUCCUAUCAAAAUUUUUCCAGGAACAAAUUUUGUGGUCCCUGAAUUGAGGUGUCCCAAAGAAGAGGUUCCACUACAUAUAUUGUACAUGUAGGUUUGUUGAUUUUGAACCUUAGCAAUGGCUAACCGAAUUGACCUACCCCAUGGAUUAUUGAUUAUAUAAAGUUCAAAAAAUCUCUAUAACAAUUCUAUUUAUAAAAUUUUCACCUUUGUGCAAGUCAAAGUACAAUGAAAUAAUUAUAAACUUUAUUGGCAGUCUUUUGAUCAUGGACCACUGAACUCAGGUGAUCAAAUUCUCCUUAGUCUUUAAUUAUGGCACCAUUUUCUAGACAAUACACAAGUUUUUAAUAUGUUUAUUUGCCAACAAGAAAUUUUACUUUUUUCUGUGAUCAUCGGUUGAGCGUUUUGCAUUAUCGAUUAUAAUCGCAUCCCUUAAACGUUUUGAUCAAUGACUGAUUGUACAUUGUAAUAAUAAAUUGAUUAUUGGCACACCACCAAUCAUUAAUUUUCAUACUAUGGAAAUAUGUCUGAUGUAGAGAAACCCUGAAUUUUUUUGUAUUUUUUAGGUAACUCAUGAGCCUGCCAAGUGUGUGCGGGUUUUGCCUGCCCACAGUUAUGCAGCAGUUGGCUUUAACAGUGGACUAAUCACAAUUUUUACGUUUGUUUUGGCUUCACAAGGAUUUGGCAAGGUACAGUGAGAAUAUAUGUACAUGUAGUCAAGGUAUAGCCGUCUUGUUGGUUCUGGAAUAAUUUAUGGAAAGUUGUCAUUAAAUCUCACCUCUUUCAUUUUGCAAUAUUUGGUCAAAUUUUUCCUUCAUUUGAGGGCCACAUUAGGCCACUUUGAGCCACCCCAGUUUGAUACCCCUGUUGUGCCACUCUAUUUUGUUUAAUGAGCAUUGAUUUCUCUGUUAUCAUUCCAUUUGUGUGGCUGAAUCCAUGGGCUGGCAAGAUGAAAUGAAUCGUGUGUUGUUAUUUGCGACUCCCGGAGGAGCAAGAUGGACCCAUCUGGACCACUCAGAGUUUCUUGCAUUGAUCUAACAAGAAAGAGUUCCCUUUUUGGCCAUGUAAUAAAUCGUUUAUUGACCAGGCAAAUGUUUGUUCAAGAUGGCUGGAUGUUGGCCUUGUUCUCUUUUGCAUUUUUACUGACCUCAACCCCUCCCGAUUUUUUCUGAGGGGAGGGGGGCAUCUGUACACAGGCUAAUAUUCAUCUUGGUCUGUAAAAAUGCAAAGAUGAACUUGGCCAAUAAACAGCCAUGUUGACCUCAUGCUAGGUCAAUAACGCGCGUUUCUGCUUACUAACCUAGCACGAGGGCUGUACUAUAUUGGCCCUCGUGCCCGGUUAGUAAGCGGUUAAUAUAAUUCUAGUAUUUACAACCUGUAUCUGUAGCUUCAGACCAUGCAUGUAAGUGGGGCCCAUAACAGUCCAGUUACCUGUCUGGAGUGGUCUCCUGAUGGCGAACUGCUUUACAGCGGGGAUGUACAGGGCAAAGUUUAUGUCACUGUGGUAAAGCUUCACGAGGUAAGUAAUAUUUUGUGCACAAAAAAAAAAGUAACAAAUACAGUAUUAAUGAUAGCUGUUUAACAAUAAUAUUCCUCUCGCCCUCAUAGCCUCUGAGUCAAUAGCCUAUGAGGCUGAAGGCCGAAUGGGGUAUUGACUCAAAGGCCAUGAGGGCGAGAGGAAUAAUGGUUUGGUAAAAUCCAAUUUGUUGGUCAAAAAUAGCAAAACGCGAUUCAGCCGCCAUUGUUUUUGUUUUCAAAGCCGGUGCCUUUCACUACUAGUGGGCUAUAACAUAUUAGAGAUAUGGCCUAGUAGUAGCUCAACCAAUCAGAAUGCAGCAUUGAUAAUAGACCACUGGCUGGAUUUUACGAAAGUGGUUUAGUUCUAUCUGGAAGUACAGUAACAACGGUGAUAAAAUUGUAAAACAGCACUUUGUUAAGUAAAUAACUUUCGUACAAUUAAAAAGCUGGGAGCACAUAACCUAAAUGACUUUUUCUUUAAUCCCACAGCGUUAUUUUUUUAACUGUAGAAGACCUGAGUUUUGGCUUGUGACCUUUUUUUUACAUACUAUUGUUACAUUUUCCUCAACUGUGACUGUUCACGGGAAAACAUACUUUAACGCUUAUCCGUUAAACGACUAAAAACUAACGGAUAACUAACGGAUAGUUAACGGCCUUCAAAGCGUUCUAACGCUUUGUGCUAACGUUCUAACGGCUAGCAAGUUUUGCCUAACGGCUAGUUAACACGUCCUAACGCUUUGCCCUAACGGUCUAACGGUUUAGUAAUUCUGCUUAACGGCUCAUAAAAACGAUCGGCAACCGUUUAACGGCUGUGAAUAAAUCUUACGCAUAACCGUGAAAGUGUCCUAACGCUCGCAUCUGAUCUACUUGAGCGUUUGCAGUUGGCGCCAUUCAUACUCUACAGUCAAAGAACACGUUUAUAAAUCGUUACUACAGCAAAAAAGGCAAUAUCCCCACGAGAAUUUAACGCCAGCUACAUAGUACGUUUUGUAUUGGCAUGAAUUCCAUACUCACUUCGUAUCGCAAUGCGUUGCAACGGUAUGGUUCAUGUUGGAAAAAUAGUCAUAAAAACAUCCCCCCGCAAUUGGAUUUUUUGGAACGAACUAAUCGCGCAUGCAUUGUUGAUGGAUUCCGUCGUGUCAUAAAUACUUUAUCGGUGAACAGCGCACAGUUUGUCGAAUCUCGAGCUAAAUUACUAAAUGCAUACAAUGAACCCGGAAUUAAGUCACUCAUCUUAUUCCCUCUUCAAGUACAUCGCUCUCUGUAAUGCGAACGAGACUAUCCCCGGCGCUUGCUCGUCCCUUCGCUCCUUUAAUACCCAUUAUCAUGCAUUUGCACCCUAGCUUAUGAAUUCGAAUUCAGGCCGAGACAAUUAGCUCACGUCUUCCAAUACACGGAUUUCAUUACCUAUAACCGUUGCCGGGCCAUUCUAACAUAUGGCAAACAGUUACAUUACCUUGUAAUGGAUGCUACUUUUUUUCUAACGGCUCUGCGAUGUUAGGCUUUUUGUUCUAACGGUAUGAUGCUAACGGCUAACGGAUGCAGGCUAACGGCUAACGCUUUCACUUUCCCCUCUAACGUUUUGACUUUUACUGCUAACGGUUAGGUGAACGCCUCUAACGUUUACAAGAAAAUUUUCUAACGGGUAACUAACGGAUGGUUAACGGUUUCGCCCGUCUAACGGAUAAGCGUUAAAGUAUGUUUUCCCGUGAACGGUCACAUUACUUAACUUCUCUGGUUUGCAUCUGACCUUUUCAACCACAGAUUUCAAUGUUCAUAAAGACCAGUGUUGAACCAUGAACAAAGAAAUGUGUGCCACAAAAAAUGUUUAAAAGUUGAAAAUCAGCUUAAAAAACAGUGUUUUUUUCUCAAAUAGGAACUUACUCAGACGGCGAUGAUUUUACGAGAGGCUUCUCCCAUUGUCCAGCUGUCAUAUUCAUGGGACGCUCUUUUGAUUUCAUCUGAGAAAAAGACUGUUCUGUGGGACUUUCAUUCUGAGAAGGUUACUCAAGUUGGACAAAAAGAAAGGAAAAGGUCAGUGCAUGUUAAUAAAAUUCUCCCAUUUUCUUUUGGUUAAAUUAGAAAAAAAAAUGGUGGCACCGUAAUUAAUGCUUGAAUUACUUUCUGCUGAUAAAGACUACGUCGAAGUUAAUUCCUGUCCUAAGGUUUGUGCGCCAUCCAUUGCCUCACAUUGUACCGCUGUUCAUUUCUUUUUGCCUUUUAUAUGUUUUUAUUCCGGCUGGCUAACUAUUGUUUAUAACCAAAGGAAAACCACGGCUAACUGUGUAGUGCAAAGAACCUCCCGGACAAAAUAUACUGUAGAUUUUUACGAUCUCCUUGCCAUUUUUGUGGGCUAUACUCGAGGAUGGAUAAGAUAUUUUAUUUUUAAUAUAUGAAGCCGUCUACGCGGAGAGCAUAGACAGAAUUUUUAUAAUUUUUAGAACAGUUUCGCUUCACCUUUAGCUAAUUUAGGACUAAUACUUGACAGUAAAGCUAAGAAAAGUCGAACGUACUCACUAAUCUAUUAUUACUACUAGUUUAUUCAAUUAUGCUGUAUUUGCUUUGCUCGUUUAGUCCAGGACGAUUUGGAGCCAUGUUCUAUCCACCAGCAAGAGGAAUAUCGGACGAGAGGUUGAAGAAGCAACCGACUGUGUACACCUCAAGGCCAGGCCAACGCCUGUGGACUGCUGACACCAAUGGGAAGGUCUUGUCAACUCUAAUGUACAAGGGUUUGACUAAUGAAAAUCCCCCAGGUAUCAUGAUACUAAACCCCCCACCGCCCACGCUGACAAAACUUCCCCCAGACUAUCAACCCCAGUUUGGCCCCCUGAGACUGUUGCACGGGCAGUUUUUUGUUACCUGGGAUACGUCACGACUGUGGGUCCUAGACCCCUCGCCUUGCGCCCUUGUUGGUUACCAUGGCAACCUUGGUGACAUUGUGGACGUCAGUACCGCGGGCCAUGAGAUUUACGUUUUGCAGCGGGGAGGGGAGAGGCGGCUGAUGAAGCUGAGUUUGAUUCCCAGACUGGCUAAUCCUCUUGUGGAUGUUGUUGCGCUUAUGGAGCACAGCUAUAAAAGUGAAGAGGAGGAAAAUACAAAGCAGCCACAGCUGGAACGCAACAAACAACUCCCACUUGUAAACAAUGUAAGUACAAGAACAGAUAACUCGUUUUCCAAAAGUUUUCCCUUCAUUUCGUCCCACCAAAAUGAAGCUUAGUAAAUGUGCGGCAAAAGAGAAGAAGAAGAACAAGAAAAAAACAAAAAGUGGCAAGCGCUAGGGCAGGAGAGUAAGCGAAACGUAAAAGUCAAGACUGCGUGUCACUUUUAAAACCCAAAAUGCUCGAAAUUAUUAUGUUCAGAUUAAAUAAUUUUUUGGCGAGUUUGUUGGGAUUGAGGUACACUGUAGUUGUCUGUAGCUGCACCUUUAUUGUAAUGUUAGUAUUGUUAAAACGUUGUAACUCAGGAACAUCCUCUUGGGAAACCUAGUCAAAUCUACUGCAUUGUAUUUGUAUUAUAAAUCAUUUGCAGCUCUACUCUGCUACAACUGUUUCUUUAAUGUCCAAGCUGAUAUGCUGUAUUACGCGACUUGCGUGUUUCAGGACAAGAUCUCUGAACCUGUUUCAGUAGGGACUUCUGAUCCAUCCGAAAAAAGCAGUUCACUGGCAGUCGAUCAUGUGGAUCCUUUUAAAAGAUACCAAGAUAUAAGACAUCAAGACUUUGGAGAGAUCGUGUUCAGAAAACAAAAGCGAAACAAAAAGAAAUCUAACAAAGGUAUGUUUUUAGUACAAUAAAGCUAUUGUUACGUUUCACAAUAAUAGCGGACUCUUACAGCUCAACUCAAAGAGGUUUUCUUCUCUCACUUAAGGUACGGAAAAACGGGCAACAAAAAACGUGCAAUUUGUCUUGUAACAUUGCUGCAAAAAUUUGAAUUCGAAUAGCGAUGUUGCGCGUUUUACAACUCGUGUUCAAACCUGUUAACAACCUGAUUUCGUGCAAGACAGGUUUUAUGUAGGUGGUAAAACGCGCAACAUCAUGGUUCAACUCGUUUUGCAGCAAUGUUGCAAGACAGGUUGCAUGUUUCUUGUUGCCCGUUUUUCCGUACCAUUAGCGAUAGAGAACUUUAGGAAGACCUUAGAUAACUGAUGUCAAAAAUGUCCUUCACCCUCUUUAAAAGUACCAAUUCAGGAACUAGCAACGAGGGAAGAGCAUACCUCAUUGAAGGCGUGAAAGUUGUUUGAAUAAAGUUUUAAGCUUUGAAUAUGCGAAAGCCGUGCCAUUAUUAGUGUGGUAUAUAAGUAUUCUUGAGCUAUUCGAGCUUCCGUUGUGCAAUGCACUAAAUACUACGUUGCUAAUGAUUUAUCAGAGUAGACUUACAGUCAGGAUUUGAAAUAAUUUCCUGGAUGGAGGCGGUCAAGUUUGUUCGGUCAAACCCAUUUUUGGCCGGAAAAAGGUCUAUUACGUGAUAUCUCUAUUGUUUUAAAAUCUGAAGUUUCUGAAUAACAUUUCCAUUAGAAGAGUAAGCAACGGGACCAAAUGUCCGGUCAUCCAACAAUUUGACCGGACAAAGCCUAUUUUUGACCGGACAUUGUCAACUGGCCGGCCGUUAUUUCAAGCCCUGCUUACGGCACGUGUUCGGCUGACCCCGGGUGGGUCGCCGGGGAAGGAACGGCUGAUGUCCCCAGUUAUAUUUCUACUAACAGUUUAGAGCAGUACAAGCAGUGGAAGCAGUAAAUUGUAAAGCGGAUAUGUUUCAUUCUCAGAUUCUUCAUCCAAAACAGUCUCCGAUACCAAAGACGGGAUUAGAGAUCAGCCAACCACAGCUGACAUUACCCAACCCCCCGACCGUAAGGACGGAGAUGACCCGUCCGACUGCCCUGACGGUCUCGACCCUACACUGAAUAGGUUGUCCAACAUCUCGUCGGACUUCGACUCAGGUGACAGGAGUAGUGAGACAUCCUAUGGGCAAAACCAAGAAUCAGAAGGAGAGGACAAGCUAGCCUCUACGCAGCCUCAGUUAACGGUAGUCCACGUUACACAACAAGGCUCGCAAGAAAAACAUGACGUCACUGAUGUCAGUUGUACAUCUUGCGUCUCUCACUCAGCUUCUUAUAGCGUAGUGGACGACGUGACAACUCAAGACAAUUGCGUGACAGAAGAAGCGGGUAAAGUGGUGCCGUUAGAACGGACUGAUGGUGUGAGUAAAUCUCCAAGUUCUGGCUCUGUCUCAGGUAGCACGUUGUCACGAGAAAACAGUUUAUGUAUGGAUUCAGUUUCUUUGUCCACAAGCACCCUAAUAGAAGAUGAUAUUGGCGCCGAAGCUGUCAAUUCAACCCUGGACGAAUCCUCUAACGCCGAUUAUUUACCAAAUAUUUACUCCAACACUCCAGUGAAUAUUUCUGACGCAACAUUUGAUGCGUCAGUAGAAAAGUCCUCUCGCUCUAAAAGUCGGCAGGUGAGCGCGAGUGUAUCAAUCCUGUCUUCUAUACCCCGGCGAGCAAGCAGUGACAUUCUGAGUGACUCUGAAGUUACUCCCCCUGUGUCUCUUGACUCGGAGGGUGCAGAGGAACUCGGCGACACUGCCUCAUGGCCACGCUCCCCUGCACGAAGCUUAAGGGCUAUGAGCGAUCUUGAAAUUGUGAACCACGAGGACGUCCCUCCCCUGGAAGGGUCCUUUUCAUCUACAGGAUCUGGUUCCUCUCUUUCUCGCUCUCCAGGCUCUACUAGUCUCAACCUACGUUUACUAGCGGACAGCUGGGCGGAUUACUCCCCACCGGGGCCAGGGUACGUACAAUUUGUGGCCGUUUCCGAUGUCCAUAUUUGGUGCGUGACCACCUACGAUGAUAUCUAUUACUGUCCCACUCAUUUCUCUGUCGUGACGUGGACCCAACUGAGGGGCUCAGCGAAAAUGAUAGCUGUCAAUAAUGCCGGUGACGUCAUUUGGUGCAUUGAUCGCAAGAAUUACGCGCUUGUUCGUAAGGACAUUAACGCUAAUCAUUUAACAGGAAAGAAAUGGCAGCCAGUGGAAAAAGACAUGCGUUACGUGGUGGUAGAUCAGUCUGCAGUCUGGGGAAUAAAGGUGAGUCACAAUCACGUGGUUGUCAAUUCGCUAAUAGAAACGAGAAGCAAACCGGGCCAAGCUAACGUUCGCAAAGACUUCUGGGACUGUUACUGGGGACGGGGUAAAAAAUUGGCCAAUAGCUGAUUGGUGCGUCCCCAGUGACGAUCCCAGAGACAAUUGCGGGGCACAUGUCGGUUCCAGUCCCCUUCUCUUUGCUAAAGUGGCGAAUUGCGGAACCGAGUAAGAUCUUUAUAAGCCAGGCUUAGAAAGUUGACAAUGUCUGGUUUUGUAACUUCUGUCUUUUAAUUGUUUUUACGUUUGAAAGGUCAGUACUUUAAGAGUAUUCCCAUUAUAUUGUCAAUGAAAACGGCCCCGAAGGGUAACUAAUCUGCUUCGAAGUUUGUACGGAGACUUACGAAACGUCCGUAUACAGUCAGCCGGCUCACUCGAAAGGUGAUAUUAUGCGGGACUCAUCACUACAGAGAGUUACAUUAUUGUUUCAAAUUCUUACAACAUUGUUCUAAUAUUGCUGCCCUAAAAAUCGUGCAACAUCACUUAAAGACUGAUCCGUUGGGUGUUUUGGAACCAGCACUAGAUGUCCGUUUUAGGGAGGUGUCGUGUUUUAGGGGCCAAAUCUAGAAGUUUUCGCUUUAGGAAGGUGUCCACCUUUUAGGGACCAAAUAUUAAUGUCCGUUUUAGGUUGGCGUCCGUCCUAUAGGGACCAAAUCUAGGUGUCGGUUUAAGGGAAUUGUCCACCUUUUAGAGACCAAAUGUCGGUGUCUGUUUUAGAGAGUUGUCGCCCUUUAGGGGCCAAAUCCAGGUGUCCGCUUUAGGGAGGUGCCCGUCUUAUGCAAUUGUCCGUUAAGAGGGAGGUACAGUGUGCAGGUAACUGCAUUUCCAAACACUUUUGAAUUUUUUUUUAAAGUAAGUGCAAAGUUAAGAAGAGACCUGAAAUGUUCCAUAGCUUGAUGCUCAGCAAACAUACAUCUCAUUGCCUUGUUUUUAGCUUAACGGUGACGUUUUCAUGAGAACAGACGUGUCCAAGGAACACCCCACAGGCAAAGGAUGGCGAACCAUUCUAACAGACAGUAAAUUUGUACAGGCGUCCUGUUUUAACGGCUUUGCGUGGUUCGUGGACCAGGCAAACUGCAUCCACGUUUAUAAAGGUGUUGUGUUUUGUCAUACGUAAUUAUUUCAUGUCUAAGACUGAAAUAGCGAAAUUAGAAAACAUAAGAAAUCUUAGAAUGUGCUUCUCGAUCUUGAUGCCUUGUUCAACCCUUAAGCUUGAGGUAAAUGUCAUAAAACUUUUACAAGUGUAAUUUACAAGUGUAUCCAUUGUUUUAGAGUCUGAAAACAAUUGCUUUACUUGUAAAUUACACUUGUGAGAGUUGUAAAACCGCUGGUUUUCGUUUGUUGGGAAAAUCCUACCCUGGCUCCAGCGGUCCGUUCUCGGCAUACCUUUGCCCACUAUCUUGGAACCUGGAACAGGCUACCCACCAGAUUGUAUGUACUCUGCUACUAUCAUAGACCGUUCCCGUUGUGUUCAGCAAGAGAAGAGAUAGGGAGGGGAGCUAUAGGGCGAAAUGACGAGUGCUUAUCCCUGACAUUGCUUUUCUCAACUUGUAGGCGUUGACAUGGUAAGACCAGCCGAGAAAACCAACUGGGAAAUGCUGCCAGGUGUGUUUAAAUAAGAAGUGUAGUAUGUUUGCUUUUAGAUUGUAUUGAGAUGCAGCUAUAUUAUCUCAGUUCUCCAUUUGCAAACUGUUUGUAUUGCCAUUCAUUCAUGGCCUUUUUGUUGGGCUGCCCGUGAGGGCAACGCCCAAUCAAGAAAUAUCUUCCAUCUGUGUCCAAGAAGACAAAAUGGCGGACGGAACUCCCAGAAGGCUUUGCGUGUCCCAUUCCCCCCUUAAUGGGGCCGAUUUUUGUGGGGAGGGGACCGGUCAUUUCAGGUCGUCUGGUGAACUGACUCGGAAGUCGAUUUGGAACGAACACAAAAUUAUUGCGUGGAGUUGUUGGCCCCAUAUCUACGCCGAAUGAUUAUCUAAAUAUCAGUAUUCGAUGAAUGCAAUAUCCGACUGAAAUAAAACUGAAAGUUUAAUUUACUUUGAGAGUUUGAAAGAGAAAAAGAAAAUUACUGUUAUAUAACAUUAUUUGAAACAAAAAUUAAGCGUAGAAGGACAAUAUUUUUUGGAAUUUCUGGUUAUAUCAAAUUAGUCACGUUAUACUGUCACGCUAUAAUCUGGGGGGCAGAGGGAUUGAGUUAAGGGGUGCGUUGCAGAAGUCCCAGUUAAAAAUAAUGCCAAUAGUUUCUUGUUUCAAAAGGCCAACUUGCCUAUUUUUCUUCAUAACGGUAGAAGUUACUAUACAGCUCCGGGUUAAAAGCGCGCAGUCGGCAGACCAAUGAACCCCCAUUAUGGGGGUCUUGUUUAUUAACAAUUUCGCAUUAGGGAAGCAAGGGUGGCGCAGUGGUGAGAGUACUCGCAGACAAUCAUCAAAGUCGCAAAAAGUUAGCUAAGGUUUGGUGGGAAUCCCAUGCUGUACAAUCUAGGAAAGUGACUUUCACUACACACUGACAUUUUUGUAUAUGUCUUAGGCAUUACAGCCAAGUGCAUAUGUCUUGGAAUUGAGGGUGUAGCUUGGAUUGUGGACAUGAAAGGCUCACUUUGGUUCACUAACGUUACUCAUGAAAAUCCCACCGGGAAUUUAUGGUACCAAGUUUCUCUAGGACAGUACUUGAUGCAAAAUCGCAGUUUACUGGAAGUUCUUUGGUCUUGGGUCUUACGAGGAGACGACGUGAAACUCUUAACCGCAAGCCCCAAAGCGGGAGUCUGGUUGCUAGGGAGUGGGAACUCGAUCCAGUCUUCUCGUGGCCACCUGCUGGGAACGCGAUGGGAUGCAGUAACACCCCAAGGUAUCGCCCAAUCAGUUUUCUGGACAUACCUGUCCGCGGGCUCAUACAGAGGAGAUGCAGGUCACGUGUGGGCGUUACAGCCUAAUGGGGAACUAAUGUGUUUCCAGCCCGGAGCGAGACCGCUGAUUGUUGAGCCUCCGCAAGGAAAGGUUUUAAAACUGAUUUCAGCGUCUUGUAACAACUUGUGGGGAAUCACGCAUAAUUUCAAGGUGGUACAACGGACGGGGAUUUCAGAGACUUGCCCUCAAGGCUUCGGCUGGGUAGAACUGGGGCUGCAGCAGUUUGGCGUCGGUAAGGUUUUCCACCUGAGCUGUGGCUCGCUCAGCACAUGGGCUGUGGACGACAUGGGGAGUGUUUGGCUACGCAUCGGAAAGGAAGACUCUAGCGACCCAUCUGUGACCCAGGCUUGGAUUCCGGUAGACGGAAAUCCUCUGCCGGGAUGCCGCUUUGCUAAGGUAGAAGUAAGCCCAGCGGAUCGCGUUGUCUGGGCUGUGGACGAUCGAAACAACGUGUACGCACGGCACAAUGUAACACCAAGCUACCCUAUAGGCACCUCCUGGGAAGUAGUACCUGGGACGGGAGUGCGCGACUUAGCUAUCAGCCAGUACAUGGUGUGGGCCACUUGUCCCAAUGGAGAUAUCGUGUGUAGGUACGGGGUCAGUGAGGACAAUUGUCUAGGACACUACUGGAAGAAAGUGCCGGGUAACUUUGAACUGAUUUCCGUCACUCCAGACGAUGAGCUCUGGGCCAUCGAUCAAAAUGGAAAGUUGUUUCAGCGUAAAACACAGCAUUUUUAUGGGACCCAGUCUCCGUUCAAACCGCGGACUUAUAGCGCGUUGUUUUCUGGCGAGGAAGACUGGGAAUUUAUUUGA